AUGGGCAAUACUAAGCUUUUCACUGUUGUAUUUUGCAUAGAUUCCAGGAUUCUUUUUGGGAAAAUUCCUUAAUCGAAAUCUAUCAAUUAAGUAUUUAUCAUUUCAAAGUUCAUUACUGCUCAUAGGAGUUCAAUGAUCAUUUCUUAGCUAAUUGGAGUCAUAGGAGCAGCACUUUACUCCCUAGGCAUAUUUUACUUCGACUAGUAUUACGAUUAACCAAGAAGACAGAGAGUCUAAUCUUAAGCUGCUUCAAAUGAUUUAGUUUCUAAUUAAGGUAAGAUUAAGAGUGAUCAAAUUUUAGUUUAAGAUACAAAGACAAGUGACUAUGGAUUAAUUAUUUCAAUGUUUAUUCUUGGAAUAUCUGUGAUAAGCUUUGCACACGGAUCGUAACGUCAAUCAGAACAAUAAUUCUUGAAUGAUUGCAUAGAUCAACAAAAUGUUCAAUUAAACUCAAAAAUCAUAUAAGUUUUCUAAAUACUUGGAGCAAUACUAUCAUGCAUAUUAGCUAGUCUAUUUGAAUAAUUAACUCUUUAUUCAACUGACAAUACUGUCUUGAAUUUCAAUAUGACCAUAGGAAUGGCGAUUACUAUUAUUUACAUUACACUAAUGGUGUUGAAUGCCGUACUUUUUCAUGAGAUCUCAAAGGACAGUAAAAAUAUAUAUCAUGAGCUUAAAAAUCAGAACAGAAGAAAUAAUAGAGUAGACUAGGAUUUUUAGUAAUUAGUAGACGAUUAUACACUAUCAGGCUAUCAUGAAUGUAACUAUAUUUAUUACAAGAUUUACUUUUAAUUAGGGCGAGUUCUCUAAAAUGCAAAGCCUGAUUCAGGAGUCCUCUUGAUAUCAUUAUUUACUCUUGCUAUUAUAAGUUUUCAUAUGAGCUUACAGCAUUCAACUAUUGGAUAUCUUUUUAUUUCUGAAGACAUUACUACUACUCUCUAUUAAGAAGGACUCAGUGAAACCUACUAUUAUUUUUUAUUAAGUUAUAUAGCUCUCAUGUUUUCCUAUUCUUGUACUUAAAUACUAAGUUUAUUAUAAAACCAGACUAAAUUAGUCAUUAUGUCAGUAUUUUUGAGUAUUCUAUGCUUAUUUGGAAUGCUCAAUUACUUUGAAAAAGAAAUAGAGAAAACAAGAUACACUAUUAGUUUUUUGAACCUUAGUAUUGCUUAUGGGAUGUGUAGAUAUGCCUUAAUACGCUAGAUAUCAUCGUGUCUGGGAGAAAAAUACUUUAGGGUCAAUAUUACUUUGAUAAAGACAGUAGAAAUAUUCGGAUUUACUCUGGGAUCAAUAUGGGGUUUAGUUGGUGUAAUCCUAAUAUAAUCAAUUUUUACUGUAUAUCUAAGCUGCAUCUUACUGUUUACUGGUUUAGUGAUUUUAUAUCUAGUGAAAAUAGAAUAUAUUAUGAGUCCACAUUGGUCGAUACAAAUACAACUCCAAGAAUAAACUCUGCUGCAAUAUAUGUACCAAAAUGGAAAUAAUUUUGGUCGAAACUACUAUGAGAGUUUGGACUCCGGGGAAUAGGCUAGAGAUCUGCCUUUGUAUUUUGGCAAUGAGUAACAUAGUAAUGAUUAUGACUCAAGAAACUAUAGAACUAGGAGAAAUUUAGGGAUUAACUCAGAUUCUUAAAGUAAGCCUAUAAUAGGAGGAGCAGGUCUUAAUAGAUCCAACAAAUCAGAUUCGAUGGAUUUUUGA